AUGGCCAAGCGAGCUGCAGUGAUUGGAGCUGGUGUGAGUGGCCUCUCCUCCACCAAAACUUGCUUGGAUGAGGACCUGGAGCCCACUUGCUUUGAGAGAAGUAGUGACAUUGGAGGACUGUGGCAGUUUACUGUGCAUGGCACACUCCGUCCUCCUCUAUCAAUUAUCUUCUGGCAGUUUGCUUUGCCCCAGCUCAGAAGUGGCCGGAGGAAGGUUGUCCCAGGAACGGAAGGCAAGCAGGACAGGGCUGUCUUUGAGGCUGUCCUGAUUUGCAGUGGACAUUUCCCGAGUCCCCACUUACCUCGGGAUUCCUUUUCUGGAAUCCAUAAAUUUGAAGGCCAGAUUCUACACAGUCAAGAGUACAAGAUUCCAGAAGGUUUUCAAGGAAAGUAAAUCUUAGCGAUUGGUCUUGGGAACACUGGAAGGGAGGUUCCAGUGGAGCUCAGCCAAAUAGCAGUUAAGGUACUUCUUAGGACUCAAACUCAUACCUGGGUCACUGGCCAGUCUUCAUGGGGCUCUCCUUAUAACAUAAUGCUUACAGGAAGAUGUUUAUAUAGUUUUAUUGAACAAGUUCUACCUGUAUGUGUACAAAGCUGGAUUCAAGAGAGGCACAGGAAUAAAAAAUUUAACCAUGAGAAUUAUGGAUUGAGUAUUAUUACAGGGGGAAAAUCAAAAAUAGUUGUGAAUGAUGAACUACGUGCCUGUGUCUUCAGUAAGACAGUGACAAUGAAGACCAGCGAAGGGUUUAGAGAAAUGUCAGCUCUCUCUGAAGACGGUACAGUGGAGGAAAUCAGAGACAUCGUGAUCUUCACUACAGGAUACACAUUGUUUCCCUUUCUUGGAAAACCUCUAAAAAGCUUUCACUUAAAGGAGAUAUUCCUAUACAAUAACAUCUUUCCUUCAGACCUAGAAAAGGCAACUUUAGCUAUCAUUGGCCUCAGCAGCCUUAAAGGCUCUGUCUUAUCAGGCCCAGAACUCCAAGCAAGGUGGGCCACACGAGUGUUCAAAGGCCUCUAUAAGCUACCACCAUCCCAACUACUGAUGGCUGAGGCUAUGUUAAAAAAAGAGAUUCAUAAAAAGUGAUCCAUCAUUUUUCCUCGUAGGGGUCUGAUUAAAGAUACCAGUGGAGGCCAACUCAACUGCCUGCCCUACAUGGAUGACCUUGCUGUGUGCAUAGGUACAAACCCCAGUGUUCUGCUUCUGUUCCUCAAGGAUCCCAGACAAGCUUGGGAAGUUUUAUUUGGACCAUGCACCCUUCCAUAUCAAUACCAUCUAAUGGGUCUUGGAAAAUGGGAUGGAGCCAGAAAUGCCAUCAUGACUCAGUGGGAUAGGACCUUGCAGUCCUUAAAAACUCAAGUUGUUCAUAAUUUCUCCAAGCUUACCUCAGUGUCAGAUCAGGGAAAAGUUUGGGGAAUACCUGUCCUACCUACCACUCUGCUACUUCUCUGGAAAUAUUCUCUUUGUUUUAAAUUGUUGUGGGAUAGAUUAUAGAGUAGAAUUUCCCCUUACCAAAUAAAUAUUUGGUAA